UUGGAUUGAUGGCAAAGGGAGAGGGACUUAAGUGAGAGUGAAAACACAAGGUUUUCCCUUUGGUUAAUCAGCUGGGAUUGAGGACACCUGGCGGCUGGAGCUAGCCGGAUAAAGGACCGGGCCGGAUCUCGCUCUCGCUCUCUCUCUGGCAGGAGGACGCAACGUGAAGAGCAGUCACGACCAGCUGACCUUUUGUUUUCGCCUGUUUGUGUCCUUCAGCAGCAGCCAAAUAAACUCUUUUUUUCUAUUCACGCCCUUGUUUCUGUCGCGCGUUUGUUGUGGCUGAGAGCCAAGCCAUGAUAGCUGGGGGCUCGUCCACUUCUUUUUAUCUGUGAUACAGCAACGGAUAGGUGAGAUUUGUGUUGGGAGUUGGUGCGCGUGUAUGAAGUUUGUUGGGAGUGCGUUUGCAGUGCGGCCGGUUUCUUUGUUUCGGCUCGUUGUGGGAAGGACAUUAGAUUUCAGAUUGUUGUUUGGGGGACUGAUUUGAUUACUUUGUGAUGCUUUGAUUUGUUUGGUAUUAUAUUUCGGGAGAGUGGUUGCUUCUAGUUGUUCUUAGCCGUGGUCAGCUGUUUGUUUUUGUUUUUUUCCUUUCUCUCUUGUGUGGGUUUGUUGGUGCGUUGCAUGUGGAGCAGUGCGGAACGGUGCGGAGUUUUCCCUGGCAGGUUAAGCGGCGGUUCCCUUGGGAUCGUUGAGCAGGGUGUGUAGUGUUGCGGAGAAAGUGGUUGAAGCCUUGGCUUGGGAGCAUGGCCGUGGUCUCAGUAGUGUUGCUAGCUUGCUAGUCGCUUUGCUGGAUUAGCGGUCUCCAGUGCAUAAAUACCCACCACAAGUAACUGCAUGAAGACUAGGGAGGAGAUUAGUCAGUGGGAUGGUGAGUUAGUGGGGAAACUCCAAUCAAAAAAUUAGUGUUCCACUUUGGACGCAUAAUAAACGUGGUGGUAUCUGUCCGGUUGGUUUUUGUUUUUGUUCUCUUCUUUCGGUUUAAAGGUCCGGUGUUGUGUUCCGAUGAGGGGUCGGUGUAAAUUAAGAUGGCUGACGUAGAGGCAUUUAUUGAAGCUCCGUCUCAGGAGUCUCUUGCCACUUUCUCAAGAGAGCAGCUGCUCUUAAUUGCUGAGCAUUUCUCUGUGUCUAUUGUCGGUGAUAGAAGGGUGAAAGACAACAUAAAAGACUCUAUAGUGUCGACAUUAAGUGAGACAGGAGUGUUUGCUGCAAAGGAAGAGGGGUUUUUGUUAAAACCUCUUUUUCAGGCUAGUUCACUGUCCUUUGAGCAGCAGAAGGAGAUGAUAUUGUUGCAGCUGGGUCAUGACAAAAUGAGGUAUGCGAUGGAGUUUGAAAAGGAAAUUGCAGUGGAGCGGAUGCGGCAGGAGACUGAGAGAGCCAAACUGGAUAUGGAAGGACAACGUCUUUCUAUGGUCAGAGAUGGUGCGGUGUUGGGUGAGUGGCACGGUGAACAGGUGCCCAGGUCUCCUCAUUGGUUCGAUGCUAACAACUUGCGCUUGUUACCGCAAUUUAAUGAAAGUGAUCCUGACACUUUUUUUUUGCUUUUUGAACGUGUAGCUAGGACUAGAGAUUGGCCUGAUGCGGACUGCGCUCUGAUGCUUCAGUGUGUUCUCACAGGGAGAGCGCAGUCAGCAUAUUCCUCCUUAUGUCUUGAGGAUAGCUCUAGCUAUAGUAAAAUAGAAUUGGCGGUGCUUAGAGCAUACGAACUGGUGCCAGAGGCCUAUCGACAGCGUUUUAGGUCCUUUGAGCAAAAACAAGAUCAAACAUAUGUGGAGAUGGCGAGGGAUUUGUCUGUUCAUUUUAAGCGUUGGUUAACUGCUCUUGACGUCACUACUUUUGACGAUUUGUGUGAGCUCAUGACUUUGGAACAGUUCAAAAAUAUUCUUCAAGACAAGAUUGCUACUUACAUAACAGAACACAGGGUCACUUAUGUGGCUGAAGCUGCUGUGGCAGCUGAUGAGUUUGUGUUGCUUCAUAAGAGCAGGUUCGGAGGGCGCUCUGGGGCCCUGGCUGUUUUUGAGGGAAGUAGAAAGGUUGGUUCAUUUGGGAUGGAGCCAAGGAACUUGGGUUUGGUCAAAUCUGAGGGGGAUAAUAAUGAUAUUUGCCACUACUGUCGCGAACAAGGCCAUUGGAAGGCAGACUGUCCUGCGCUUAGAGCAAAAUCUGAGGGAGGAAGAUAUUUUGUUGGGUCUGUUGCGUUGGCUGCUCCUGUGGAAAGCAGCGGUGUUGCCGAUGUGCUUACAUCCCACUUAGGUGGAUCUGAGGUUUUGGCAUCUUAUGCUCCAUUUAUACGAGACGGCUUGGUAGGUAGUAAUGUCAGAGUUCCAAUCAAAAUCUUGCGAGACACAGGGGCUUUUGACUCCUAUAUUGUUGACUCUGUUUUGCCUCUGUCUUAUGAAAGUGACACUGGUGACACCCUUCUGAGUAGGGGACUGGGAUUAAAAGUUCUUCCUAUUCCUGUUCAUAGGAUGUAUAUUGACUGUGGUCUUGUUAAGGGUGAGGUGGCUGUUGGUGUAUGUCCAGCUUUGCCAAUCGAGGGGAUACAGUUCAUCCUGGGCAACGGUUUGGCAGGUAGCAGAGUCUGGACUGAUGUUCCCCCUGUGCUUUUAGUGACUGGCGGUCCGAUUGAGUCAAGGUCUGAGGAGAGCUCUACAGUGUUGGCAGACGUUACGCCCUCUGGUGUGAUCACUCGUGCUAUGGACAAAAACAUGUUUAGAAAACAGAAGACCAAGCAUUGUCCCACUAGUCAAAGUGGUCGUGGCGGCGGUGGCGCUGAUGGUGGUCGUGGUGGCGGCAGCGUUGAUGGUGGUCGUGGCGGCGGCAACAGGGAUCGAGGAAGAGGCAAGGAAAUGUCCUGCUAUCGGUGUGGAGACCAAGGACACAUGGCUCGUGACUGUGGGCAUGCCAACGACCGGAAGUGCUAUUCCUGCGGUGGGCUUGGUCACAUCCAGAGACGUUGCAGUAGGGUGAAAUGUUACAGGUGUGGCGACAUUGGCCACGUGGCGGUGCAUUGCAGUAAAGCCAGUGAAACUAACUGCUACAACUGAGGAAGCAUGGGCCGUGACGGUAAUGUAUUGUCUGUCAUACUGUUUAAUAAAUCGUUCUCGCUCUGCCCAUCCUUUUAAAGUGUGCUUCUCAGGUUGCUUACCUGUGUUGCUAAAGAUGUGGCUGGGUGUGGGAGGAGCGGCUGGCAGUGUGAGGGUUGUAUGUUGCAAUUGUUGGUUUUGUUGGAAGUGGGGUGCCGUAUGUCUGGUAUUUUUGUUGUUCAUUACUGGUGUUUUUUUUGUUUUUUCAGGGUUGGUGUGCCGGUGGUCCUAGGGACACCGACUUUAAGGGGGGGGGGUGUGACGACCCCUGCCUUGUUAUCUCUGGGGUGUGUAUGUUCCUUUAAGGUUUUCCCUUUGGUCAAUCAGCUGGGAUUGAGGACACCUGGCGGCUGGAGCUAGCCGGAUAAAGGACCGGGCCGGAUCUCGCUCUCGCUCUCUCUCUGGCAGGAGGACGCAACGUGAAGAGCAGUCACGACCAGCUGACCUUUUGUUUUCGCCUGUUUGUGUCCUUCAGCAGCAGCCAAAUAAACUAUUUUUUUCUAUUCAC